AUGAACAACAGAGGUGGAGAAAGAGUGCUCUGCGCCUUCCAAUGUCCCAGUGUACGCCAAUUCCAGGGUUCUUCCGCUCGGUUCCAGCCGCUCCCGCCUGCGAGCACCUGCUGCGAUCGACUGAUGCCUCUAAUCCGCCCGAGCCGCCGCACAUCGCCUCUCUGCCGAUGCCAACUGUGCGCCCUGCACACGUUCCCACCGAAGAGCGAGCGAGAUAGCCGGCGAGCGGGAGAGCCGAGCGAGAGCGGCGACCGGCGAUCGGCGAUCGGCUUGAGCUUGACCGCCAAAGCUCGGGCGGAACGCUCGUGCGUGCACGGCCGUCGAGAAGCAGCGCUCCAGUCACGCCUGGAAUCGCAAAAUGCCGAACCAUCUGCCGGCGCACAGUUUCCAAAAUCCCAGUGUUCAUACGGACAAACGGACAUGAGAACUUUAUAGGCUCAGAGAGGCUUC